AUGACAGUAUCCAACGCCAUUUUGAACGAGACCAAUCUCAACGAGCACUUGAAUGAUCCACAAACUCAUGUUGUCAGCGCGAUUGGAGCUCUCGGAACGGGUAAAUCCAGUCUAUUGAACACCAUGUGCGGCGAGCGUGUAUUUGAAACAGGCGAAACAUUUGCCACCACCACCACUAUUGCUAGUGUUGUGCGAUCAUGGAAAUACAUCCCCACCACCAAGUAUGUCCAUCUGGUUGAUACACCUGGUCUAUGUGCUUCAUCUGCUCGUGAUCGACAAAACGUUCAAGAAAUGGUGCGUUACUUUAAGAGCCUUGCUUAUGGUGUGAGUGCAUUUCUAUUAGUAUUCGACAUUAAGGAUAUUCGUUUGGAUGCUUACACACAAGACAUGCUCAGCCUAUUCCAACAACUUCUUGGCAAGGACUUUUGGAACUUUGUUGUUCUUGUAUUCACUCAUGUGGAUGAUGAGGUUCGAGAUGAAUUGGACGAUGCCAUUGAAGCGGUGCUUGAUCCCGAAGAGGGUUUCGUGGCUGAGAUUACACGAUUAUACAAGUUGUCCCCCAAAUCAUUUGUUCCCAACGUCAUUUUCGCAACCACCAAAGAUGUGCGCAUGAGCAGCUACGGUCAACGACAAAUCCGAGAGAUAUACAAUUCCGUUGUACGUUGCGAGGCAAGGAACGAACAUCGUCGAUUCAAUUGUACCUGGUUACAACAAAUUCGAGCUCAUUCUUCAGAAGAGGAAAAGACUGAAUUCAUCACUCAAAGUAUUAUGGGAGCAUGGUCCAACAUGGCAUCCAAUGUAUGUAGACUGCAAUAA